CUGAGUUACCUAGGAGGUUUUCCUUGGUCACUCCAUUCCUGUGAGCACCCCAGCCCAGCACUUUGCUGACGAGGAGAUGUCUCUUCCGCUUUCGUUAACACCCGAUCAGGCAUUAUGAAGGGCUAUCAAAUACCAGAUGAAAUACAAAGCAGCAACUUUGAAACCUGAGGAAGGGACUUCGGCAGCCCCAACUCAACUUUGCUAAACUUAGCCUCACUGAACCAGAUCCCAGACUCUGCACCCUGGACUUGCUACAGCUCUGUGAUCCUGGAAUAGUCUUCAACUCCAGCUAGAAUGCCGUGUCAGACAUUUCAUGGAUUUGGUCAAAAACUGGUACGCAGACGUAAGCUGAAGGCACACGUGGCUGAGAGUGACCCACGGAGAAAAUUGAGCACUCUGGAUUUAGUGACCCUGGGUGCGGGCCGCACACUGGGUGUAGGUGUGUAUGUCCUGGCUUGUGAGGUGGUCAGCAAUCAAGCAGGACCAUCCUUUGUGAUUUGUGUUUUGAUUGCUGGCCUAUCUUCAAUGUUGGCUGCGCUGUGCUAUGCAGAGAUUACUGCCUGGGUUCCCCAUUCUGGCUCUGCAUUUCUCUACAGCCAUGUCACUAUAGGUGAGCUUUGGGCUUUCAUCACUGGCUGGAACCUCAUCCUCUCCCUUGUUGCUAAUGCAGUCAUUUAUUUCCAUGUAAUGUUCUUAGUUUUUGAGUCACUGCGUGUGACACUGCAAGAAUUUAUCUUACCGCAUGUUUCCCACUACCUUAGAGAAGACCAUAUAAGCUUCAUCUUUAUGUUCCUUCUGUGGUUUCUCAUGUAUUUCUGGUAUGAUUCAACUUCCUCACUUGCCAAAGUGCUCAUGUUGGUGAAAAUUUUGGUUCUCAGUUUUGUCAUCAUCGUUGGCUUCAUUAAGGGGGACCUGCACAACUGGAAGCUCACAGAAGAGGACUAUGUAAAGGCUGGACUCAAUGACACCUCAAGCUUGGGCCCUCUGGGCUAUGGAGGAUUUGUGCCUUUCGGCUUCGAGGGGAUUCUCCGUGGAGCAGCUACCUGUUUCUAUGCAUUUAUAGGUUUUGAGAAAAUUGUUAGCAGAGUUGAAAAAGCCCAGAACCCCCAACAUUCUAUCCCGAGGAGCUUUGUGAUUUCAGUCUUCAUCCUCUUUGUGCUGUAUUUUGGUAUCUCGUUAGCCCUUCCACUUAUGGUACCUUACUACCAGCUUCAACCUGGGAGCACCUUGCCUGAGGCAUUUCUCUUUAUUGGCUGGGCUCCUGCCUACUAUAUUGUACUGUUUGGAUUUUUCUUUAGUUUUUUUGGAAAUAUCUUUCAAUUUAUUGGCCCCAUCUAUGACCUCUUAUACGAUAUGGCAGUGAAUGGACUCUUGUUCCCUGUCCUUACCAAGAUCCUCAGUUGGAGAUACUUCUACCGCGUAAUUUAUUUUAUUUUUAUGAUUAUUGCAGCAAUCAUGACAUACUUCUUUGGACUCACUGAUGUUGUGGACCUCAUGUUUAUUGGGUCCAUGAUAUCUUACUCCAUGGUUGCUAUUUGUGUUCUCAUCCUCAGGUAUCAGCCUGAGAGGAGGAAUGGGGGAAAUGAAGCAGAGAUGCAGGAGGAGAACGGACCUGCAGCAGAGAGGCUGACUCUACAGGGACUACUUUUUCCAUGCAGCCCCACCCCCACUCCACUCUCUGGCCGGGUUGUCUAUGUUUGCUCCUCACUGCUUGUUCUGCUGCUCACUCUUCUUUGCCUGGUUCUGGCCCAGUGGCCAGUUCUGCUUUCUGGAAACCUAGCGUGGAUUUCAGUGGUUGUGCUCCUCCUGGUGCUCAUCACUGGGAUCACUGGGAUCAUCUGGAGACAGCCACAGAGCUCCAGUCCCUUUCACUUUAAGGUCCCUGCUGUGCCUCUCCUCCCACUACUGAGCAUCUUCAUGAAUAUUUACCUUAUGAUGCAGGUGUCAGCUGCCACCUGGGCCCAAUUUGGUGUCUGGAUGUUGAUUGGGUUUGCUCUGUACUUCAGCUAUGCAAUCCAGUCAGUACAGCCUGGCCUCUAACCAUACUUAUGCUAGGGCCAAAACUGUAAACUUUGAAGUUUGUAGUUCCAGUACCUAAUUUUUUUUUUUUUUUUACUUAUCUACUUUUCAAUUGUGCCUGUGUCUGUUCACUGACUUAAAAAUAUUAUUAAAAAUGUGUGCCUUGGUGGCUCAUUCGGUUAAGCAUCCAACUUCAGCUCAGGUCAUGAUCUCAUGGUUUGUGAGUUUGAGCCCGGUUUGGGCUCUAUGCUAACAGUCAGAGUCUGUGUCUCCCUAUCUCU